GCAUCGAAAUCCGUGCGACCACGGGAAUUGUCUCGUCGUUCGUUUUCUUUGUUCAAAUUCUAUCUUUUCAGGUUUUCUCGGUGCUUAAUGAAACAAUUUAUGAUUCGUUUCAAGUUUCGACCUUUGAUAUCAUGCGUAGUUAGUUUAGAUCGAACAGAUUAAGUUCAGAAUAAUUUUGUUGAUUAACUCAAAAAUUAAAGAAAAGGAGACGUUGGGACGCCUCGGCGGUGUGAAAUACAAACGCGGAUCUCGUAACAAAAUUGCAGCUUUCUUGUUGAUGAUGAUGAUGAUGAUACGAGAGUAAAAGCAGAGAAGGUUGUGGACCAUGAGUCCAUGAUUGCAUCAGCAUCGCCAUCUCCAGCUGUAACCCCUGCUUCGCCCAUUUUCGCCGGACAAGUUUAAGUUUAGCUUUAACCCCAAUUCAAAGCUGCCGGGUGGUUGGUACUCGGUAAGGUUCAUCGCUGCCUCUGUUUGCUUUCUUCCUCGGAUCAGUGGGUGGCGUGAUGAACUGUUUUUGAUUCGCGUCGGUGGAAUUUUUUUGGUCGCGUUCGUUGAGACAGAGCGAGCGGCGGCAGCUCACCCCGAGCUAUAAUUUAGGGGGGACGAGAGAGCGCGUCAUCAUAGAGAAGAUGGAUUCCGUUGUUAAGCUGCAGAUUUGAGAAGGGAAGGAGAAAAAGGAGACGAUUUUGCAAGAAAGGUAGGAUCUUGGUCGAGUGGAGGAGGAGUGAUGUCGCCUUCGUUCGAUUGGUGGGGGAAGGACGCCCACCGCGGGACGUCCGUGGUAGUGAAGAUGGAGAACCCUAAUUGGUCCAUCUCGGAGAUUUCUUCUCCCGCCGACAAUGACGAGGACUACAGCGGCGAAGGGGAGUUAUUGCGAUACGGCGGGACGAGGAAAGGCGGCCGGGGAAAGAACGCCAAGCAGAUCACGUGGGUGCUCCUGCUCAAGGCCCACCGCGCCGCCGGGUGCCUCUCCAGCCUCGCGUCCGCCACAAUCGGCCUCGCAUCCGCAGUGCGACGGCGCGUGGCCGCCGGACGGACUGACUCCGACGCCACCGCGCUCCCCCCGGACGAGAGUCCCGUGGUGCGCACCCGGUUCUACUCCUUCAUCAAGGUCUUCCUCUGCCUCUCGGUGCUUCUUUUGGGGUUCGAGGUUUACGCUCACUUCUAUGGCUGGCAUUUGCCCGUCGUGCCUUCGUCCUUCGGCGUCCGGGGAUUCUUCGAGUCGCUGUAUGCCGAAUGGCUGCAGCUCCGAACAGUGUACAUCGCGCCGCUGCUCCAGUUCCUCGCAGACACCUGCGUGGUCCUCUUCCUCAUUCAAAGCGCCGACCGCCUCAUUCUCUGUCUCGGUUGCUUCUGGAUCCGCUUCAAGAAGAUAAAACCCGUGCCCAAGCAAGCCGUCGACGAGGACCUCGAAACCGGCGAGUAUUUCCCUACGGUGCUAAUCCAGAUUCCCAUGUGCAAUGAGAAAGAGGUGUAUCAACAAUCAAUUGCUGCAGUGUGCAACUUAGAUUGGCCGAGAUCCAACCUUCUGGUGCAGGUGCUGGAUGAUUCUGAUGAUCCAUUAACACAAACUUUGAUCAAGGAAGAGGUGGAGAAGUGGCAGCAAAACGGAGCCAAAAUCAUUUACCGGCACCGGGCGAUCCGAGAGGGUUACAAGGCUGGAAACCUCAAGUCAGCAAUGAAUUGUAGCUACGUGAAGGACUAUGAGUUUGUAGCCAUUUUCGACGCCGACUUCCAGCCGUCGCCGGAUUUCUUGAAGCGGACGAUACCACAUUUCAAGGAUGAGGAGGAGCUUGGAUUGGUACAGGCUAGAUGGUCUUUCAUAAACAGAGAUGAAAACCUGCUGACUCGGCUACAGAACAUCAAUUUGUGCUUCCAUUUUGAGGUGGAGCAGCAGGUGAAUGGACUGUUCCUCAACUUCUUUGGCUUCAACGGGACGGCCGGAGUUUGGAGAAUCAAGGCACUAGAGGAUGCCGGCGGGUGGCUUGAAAGAACAACCGUGGAGGAUAUGGACAUUGCAGUCAGAGCUCACCUAAGAGGAUGGAAAUUCAUCUUCCUCAAUGAUGUCGAGUGCCAAUGCGAAUUGCCUGAGUCAUAUGAGGCUUACAUGAAGCAACAGCAUCGGUGGCAUUCUGGCCCGAUGCAGUUAUUUAGGCUUUGCUUACCAGAUAUUUUAAGAUCCAAGAUUGGGUUUUGGAAGAAAUCAAACUUGAUAUUUCUCUUCUUCCUGCUCCGGAAACUAAUACUGCCUUUCUACUCCUUCACCUUGUUUUGCAUCAUCCUGCCGAUGACAAUGUUCGUCCCGGAAGCUGAGCUACCUGCAUGGAUAGUGUGCUACAUUCCGGCAAUCAUGUCCUUCCUCAACAUCCUGCCUGCCCCAAGAUCCUUCCCCUUUAUAGUUCCUUAUCUCCUCUUCGAAAACACCAUGUCGGUGACCAAGUUCAAUGCCAUGAUAUCAGGCCUGUUCCAGCUUGGGAGUGCCUAUGAGUGGGUUGUCACCAAGAAAUCCGGCCGGUCUUCGGAAGGCGAUCUGUAUUCUUUAGUCGCAAAGGAGUCUGAUAGCCUAAGAGAAGCCUCCACACCCAAAAUUGAAACUUGGCCCAAGUCAGCCUCCAAAGCAAAAAGGGACUACAAGCAAAAGCAUAACAGGAUCUACAUGAAGGAGCUAGCAUUGGCAUUCCUUCUCUUGACAGCUUCAGCAAGGAGUUUGUUAUCGGCCCAGGGAAUACAUUUCUACUUCCUCCUCUUCCAGGGCAUCUCAUUCCUCCUGGUGGGUUUCGACCUGAUCGGUGCGCAGGUCGAGUGAGAUAACGAAGUUUCACAGCAACAAUCAUCAGCGACCUAGAUCACAGGAAUAUGGAAAAAGAUGUAUUUGAUGCUGCUAGAUCACAGCAUCAUUUGCAUCCCCCUUUGAGAUGAUUCAAAUAGCAUUUUCCUCUAUUCAGAGGUGUACAUAAUCCAAUGUUGCUAGUUGGAGUAGCACAGAGUGCUUAUACCACCGAAGCAUCUAAGCAAGAAGAACUCUUAGCAACCAAGUUUCCAAAAUUAAUAAGAGGCCAUGAACUCUCGGCAUUAACAAUGAGAUCGAAAAUAACAAUUCACACAGAUUUAGAACUAGAUCAAAAGCAAACGAGUAAAAUAACACGCAAGUGAAAGAGAUUACACGCCAGUAGAGAUUUUUUAUUUUUUUUUUCUUUCACACCACAACAUAGUUAAAGCCCUCUUUGUUACAUGAUCUAUUAAGCUAUAAAUAUAUUAGUUACUGCAUCAUAGUGAAAAGAGGGUCCGUCUAGCGUGUGCGUGCCGCCCUUCAACAGUAGGCGACGCAGUUCUUCUUGCAGUCCAUCGUGCACCCGCCGCCGCCACCUCCGCCGCCGUACCCCUUGCCGGAGUAGCUGUACGACGUGAAGCAUUUGGCUGGGCACGUUAGCUUCUUCUUGUAGCACGGCCCCCUGUCUGCGCACACCACCGAGGGCGCCACCACGCCGUCGCGGGCGUACCCUCCGCCGGGCCCUCCGUAGCCACCGCCCCAACCGCCGCCCGCGCCUGCUCCCCAGCCGCCUCUGCCGCCGCCGAACCCUGGAAAGCUGUACCCACCGCCGUUUGCGUUGCCGCCGUAGAACCCGGGGUCGGACCCGAAGCCGGGGAUGUAGCUCUCGGUGCCCACCGCGUCCUUG